GGACGGGAUGCUUUUUAUAAAUAGCAUCCAUUCUAUUAGGAGACGCCGCUGUCCUCUCUUCUCUCCAGCACUUUCUGUUCCUGGUUUCCAAAAUGGCUUUCAAUGGCACAUGGCAAGUCUAUGCGCAAGAGAAGUAUGAAGAGUUCCUGAAAUCUAUUGCCUUACCAGAAGACAUCAUCCAAGCCGCCAAAGGCAUUAAGCCCACCAUUGAAAUCAAGCAAACUGGGAACACUUUUGUUAUCACCUCCAAAACCCCCAACAAAUCCGUCACAAAUACAUUUAUGCUUGGGAAAGAAGCAGAAAUGUCCACCAUGGAUGGUAAAAAAGUCAAGUGCACAGUGAACCUGGUUGAUGGGAAGCUGGUAGCCAAAGCAGACAAAUUUGUCCAUGAGCAGGAAAUAGUUGGCAACGAAAUGGUAGAGACCAUUACAUCUGGCUCAGCAAGUUUCACCAGAAGAAGCAGAAAGGUUUAGAACGAAAUGCUAAAGAAGACCAUGUUUUGUAGUAAAUUGUUUUUAUAUUGGGCAAAUAAACUGCAUUUUCCAUCACGA